UAGGAGGCAGUCUCGGUGGGGGGGGGGGACCGGAAGUGACGUGAACGAGUUCCGGUUGGCUGGAGCCCAGCGGCGGGUGUGAGAAUUGGUCGGGAGCCGCUUACAGGAUCCUGCGAUCCAGAAGCCCGAGUCUGAGCGGCUCCUCCAGAGUUUCUGAUCUAUGAAAUGGCAGAGAAUGGAAAAAAUUGUGACCAGAGACGUGUAGCAAUGAAUAAGGAACAACACAAUGGAAGUUUCACAGACCCCUCUUCAAUAAAUGAAAAGAAGAAAAGGGAUCGGGAAGAAAGGCAGAAUAUUGUCCUGUGGAGACAGCCACUCAUUACCUUGCAGUAUUUUUCUCUGGAAAGCCUUGUAAUCUUGAAGGAAUGGACUUCAAAAUUGUGGCAUCGUCAAAGCAUUGUGGUGUCUUUUUUACUGCUGCUUGCUGUGCUUAUAACUACGUAUUAUGUUGAAGGAGCACAUCAACAGUAUGUGCAGCGUAUAGAGAAGCAGUUUCUUUUAUAUGCCUACUGGAUAGGUUUGGGAAUUUUGUCCUCUGUUGGACUUGGAACGGGACUGCACACUUUUCUGCUUUAUUUGGGCCCACAUAUAGCUUCAGUUACAUUAGCUGCUUAUGAGUGCAAUUCAGUUAAUUUCCCUGAGCCACCCUAUCCUGACCAGAUUAUUUGUCCAAAUGAAGAAGGCACUGAAGGAGCCGUGUCUUUGUGGAGUAUCAUCUCAAAAGUUAGAAUUGAGGCCUGCAUGUGGGGUAUCGGUACAGCAAUUGGGGAGUUGCCGCCAUACUUCAUGGCCAGGGCAGCUCGCCUCUCGGGUGCUGAACCAGAUGAUGAAGAGUAUCAGGAAUUUGAAGAGAUGCUAGAACAUGCAGAAGCUGCGCAAGACUUUGCAUCACGGGCUAAACUGGCAGUUCAAAACCUAGUUCAAAAGGUUGGAUUUUUUGGAAUUUUGGCCUGUGCUUCUAUUCCAAAUCCUCUAUUUGAUCUAGCUGGAAUAACAUGUGGACACUUUCUUGUACCUUUUUGGACCUUCUUUGGGGCAACCCUGAUUGGAAAAGCAAUUAUUAAAAUGCAUAUCCAGAAAAUUUUUGUUGUAAUAACAUUCAGCAAGCAUAUAGUGGAGCAGAUGGUCACUUUCAUUGGUGCUGUUCCUGGCAUAGGUCCGUCUCUGCAGAAGCCAUUCCAGGAAUACCUGGAGGCUCAGCGACUGAGGCUUCACCACCUAAACGAAAUGGGCACACCACAGGGAGAAAACUGGUUGUCUUGGAUGUUUGAGAAGCUGGUGGUUGUGAUGGUGUGUUACUUUAUCCUGUCCAUCAUUAACUCCAUGGCACAAAGUUACGCCAAACGAAUCCAGCAGCGGUUGAACUCAGAGGAGAAAACUAAAUAAGCAAGAAAGUUUUUAACUGCAGAAAUUAGAAUGGAUGGGUUCUGCCAUACAUUGGGAGGACUCUAAGCCAGGGAAGAAGAUUCCCUUUUCCAACCUGCGUUGAUUGAUUUUUCUUUUUUUCCCUGAAAGCAGUUUAGUCCACAUUUUACACUGACAUACUUUUCCUUUAUGUGUUAAGGUAAGGUAUCCACCCUCAGUUCAGUCCACAUUGUUACGAUGGGAUGUGAUGUUCAGCUGCAAACAACAGAAACUGGCCCUCUAUUUGUUACUUUCAAAGGGCCCCAUGGUAAAUUGGAGAAUUCCUGCCAUGCAAAACCUUCUGAAGUAUCUUAAAUAUUUCAGGCUUUUUCGGCUUGUCACAAUUGAUUACAUUGCUUUUCUAAGUCAUCAAAAUGUAUAUAAGUUAUAUAGAUUGGAUAACAGUCUUGCAUGUCUAUCAUGGAACAAUUUAAUAUGCCAUCCUGCUCAGACCUUCCUUUCCAACCCUCAAAAAGGCCAUUUUUAUGAUGCAUUGCACACCCUCUGCGGAAAAUGAUCUUUAAAUUUGAGACAGUAUAAGGAAAAUCUGGUUGGUGUCUCACAAAUGAGUACACCAUUUUUUAUUCUGUAUAUUUAGAAUGAAGUCAUGAAAAACUUUAUAAAGACAUCUUUGAUCAUUCUGAAA